AGAAAAUGGCUGGGGAAGGAAGCAGCGGGACAGAUGGAGGAGCGGGUUCAUGGCUUGUGGAAUGGUUGAUGAAGCCUGGGAGCAGCAUGUCAGCGGGGAUGCAGAAAGUUCUCAACAACGUUUUCAUCGCUCUCUUUCUCUGUAUCAUCUUCUUGAUGUGGUUGACAAACUUCGGGAACAUCCACACCUACAUCUUCUUUCUGCUCGCCCUAGGACUUUUCUUCUCUGUCCGUUUCUUCAUCACCGAGUUGACCAAAGCACAAGCUGCUGGGCUCAUCGAUAUCAAUGCGCCGCAUGAUCAAGGCAAGAAGAAUGAUGAUGAUGAUGAACAAGAGCGUGUUAGGAUGCAGGAACAGGUUGAAAUGACUCGGAGACUGGAACAAGAGGCAGAAAUCCGCAGGAGGCAGAAUAAAUCAGACUAGAAACUCUGAAUGAACUUGUGACACC